GGAGUUGGAGAGCAUCUGCAUUCCAAUUAUUGCUAAGAUGUAUCAAGGUGCUGAAGCUGACAUGGGUGAUGCCACAGCUGACAAUAAGAAAAUUGAGUGUGCCAUCGACGAAUUCAUUCAAUGGCUAGAUGGUAAUCAGGGUCGUCAUAACGCAAAUGCGUUGAAGUAUAAGUUGAAGUCGGUGAUAAGCAUCUGCAAUCCAAAUUCUGCUAAGAUGUCUGGAACUUACAUGGGAGGAGGCAUGGAUUAUAACGUUCCACCAGGCAGUGGAAGGGGUGCAUGGGCAGGUGCAGGGGCAGGCAGUGGCAGUGGUGGAUGGGCAGGCCGUGGAAGUGGUGCAUGGGCAGGCAGUGGAAGUUGUUUAAGGCCCGAGACGGGCGGCAACUUUGGUAAGGCAAUGCGUCUGUUAUGGCUUGGCGUCCGUGUCUGUUCGAAAGGUGCCGAUUUUCUUUCAGGCAACCCCGGAGGUGUCCUCGAUUGGCUCACAGACUAAUAUUGGUAUGUUUUAGCUGUCAAUC